CAUCAAUAUUAAUAUUUAUGAAUAAUAAUAAUAAUAAUACCAAUAAUACCAAUAACAAUAAUAACUAUGGCACUUUCAAGAAAAUAUGGAAUAAUAUAUACCUUCAAACAAAAAUCAAAAACUAUUUAAAACUAUAUAAUUGUUUCAGAUACAGCCAAUAUAUACACUUAAAUCAAAACACAUUAGAGGUAAUAAAAAAUAAUGAAAUUUUAGAAUAUAUAAAAUCAAUUGUGAUAUAUGAUAUCAAGAAACAAAGUUAUCAAUAUUUAUUAGAGGUACUGAGGUACUUAAAACCAUUUCAGCAAAUCGAAUCAAUUACCAUAUUUCAAGAAGAUUUGUUAAAUAACGAAAUAAAAGAGCUUUUAGAAGAGUUUUGUAAUAUAGAUACAAUAAUUUUCCAAGAGACAACAGUUCCGCUACAUAAUGAUGUAAUUACACCUAAAGUAACAAACAUUAUUUUUGAAUUUUUAGACACCAAUCAAGGACUAUCAUACUCACCCACUACAAGCAUAUUCCCUACAAAUGGCUUAACUAAAUUAACACUAGGUUUAGGUUUCAACUCUAUCAUUGAACCUAACACUCUUCCUCAAACGCUAAAGUGUUUGACCUUCAAUAUUGACUAUAACCAGCCUAUUCUUCCAAACACCCUUCCCCAAAGUUUAGAGUCGAUAGUAUUUGGAACUAAUUUUAACCAGCCAAUUGACUAUUUACCUCACAACCUAUUAAAAUUAUCUCUGGGUAAUGAUUUCAAUCAACCUUUUCAAGGUCUUUUACCAAAAACAUUAAAAAAAUUUUCAAUCAUGGGCAAUUUUAGUGAACCAGCUAAUGAAGAUGGUGAAAACAACCUCCUAUUUCCGAAUUCCAUCGAAUCACUUGAAAUGUAUUCAUAUUUGGGCGACAACUACAUUUUCAAAUUACCAAAAUCAUUAAAUAACCUCAUCAUCUCAAAUAACUACUUCAAAAACAACUCUAUAGAUUUUAAUAAUAGAAACCCAAAUCUAUCAAAGAUUUCAAUAAUAUCAAAUAACUCCUCAAUGUUCAAUUUAGCUCCUCUCCCGCAACAUCAAUCACUACAAAAUAGAUUAAAUCACUAUCAGUUUAAUUUUUUUAAAACAACCAGUUUUAAUAAUUUAAAAAAAUUAGAACUUAAUAGUACACUCAGCUCUCUUUUUCAAGAAAAUAAAAACAAAAUUGAAUCUUUAGAUCAUGACAUAAUAUGUGAAAGCAAUUUAGAAAAACUAAAAGUAUUAUUUAUUAAAGAGGGAAAUUUAGAUUUUAUAAACUCUAGGAUUAAAUUUAGCUCAAUCAAUACUUUAAAAAUAAACCUGUUUGGUCCAGAUACUCAAAUAGAGCAAGCAUUAUUCCCACCCACACUCAAAUCAAUUAAAAUCCACUCAAACUAUGGACAUUUUAGUUUAAAUGACGACAUACUAUUAAAUUUAGAAAACCUUACAUCAAUUACUUUGAACUGCUAUAGAAAACCGAUCCAAAAAGAAAUCUUUCCAAAAUCACUGUUAAAUCUAGAACUAAUUGAAUACAGAAAACAGUUAGAUGAAUCCUCAUUACCAGAAACACUUGUGUCACUAAAACUAAUAUCAAGGUACCCUCUUUCUUCCGAUAUUUUUCCAAGUGGUUUAAAAGUUCUGUACACUAAUCAACUACCGAAAAUCCAACCUGAUUCACAAUGGUUACCAAGCCAGCUCGAAUAUUUACUAAUAAACGAAAAAUAUAAACCCAAAAACCUGUCAAACAUAAACCAUUCAAACAUCCCUGAAUCAUUAAAAACAAUUUAUCUUUCCAACCUAAAUCACGAUUUUUUAUAUGACAACAAAAUAUAUUAUUUUUUAAAAGAAAAUUUAAAUAUGAUUGUUAUCUCAAAUCAAUUAAAUUCUGUGUAUAAAAAAAUAAUUAAUAAAUAAUAAGAUAAAAAAUUACAUGUUUUUUCUUUAAAAUC